GAAGUUCGUUCGUUUGUGCGAAGAAAACAAAAGGAGGAGGAAGAAGAAGAGCCGACAUCACGAGAAAGGCGUGGGCGCUGUAAACUGUUCUCCUCCAAGUAAAGAACUGGAGAAAGCGAAAGAGAAAGAGAAAAGAAAAAAGGGCUGCGCCACAGCUUCUCGUUCUUAUUAUUACCUCUUCUUGUAUUUAUUUGGGAUCUUCCUGAACAGAAGGGACGGUGAACCACAUCAACACACAUACUCACACACACAGGUGAUAUAUAUUUAUAUUUAAAAUUAAAUAAACCACCAGGAAGGGCGAAGCGACGAGCCAUGUCGGAGGCGCAGCUGACAGGGCACAACGCCCCCAACGGAAGCACCACCCUCAGCGGAGACGAGUCCCGCACGAAGAAGACGAAGCCGGAGGAGUUCGAACACCCCUUCUGGUACGUCUACCGCCAGCGCGGCGUCGAGUACUGGGAUUACAAGAAUGCGGUGGUAGACUUCAACAAGAACUUAGCGCCGUACGAGCUGCUGCAGAAGAUUGGCCGCGGCAAGUACUCGGAGGUCUUCCGCGGCCGAAACCGCAACAACGGCUGUCUGUGCGUGCUGAAGCUGCUGAAGCCGAUCCGGUACCAAAAGGUCCUGCGAGAGAUUAGCAUCCUGCGUAACCUGUGCGGGGGGCCGAACGUGGUGCGUCUGCUGGACGUGCUGCGCGAUGACGACUCGCAAACGGUGGUGCUGGUCACCGAGUACGUGCACAACCCCACUACCCUGCGCAACCUGCUCUACACGAAUAAGCUGACGAACUUCGAUAUGCGCUUCUACCUGUACGAGAUUCUUCGCUCCCUCGACUUCGCGCACCGCCGCGGCAUCUUCCACCGUGAUAUCAAGCCGUACAACGUGAUGAUCGACCACGAGCGGAAGAUUUUGCGUGUCAUCGACUGGGGCCUCGGGGAGUACUACAUCCACGGGCAGCCGCUGAACUGCGGCGUCGCGACGCGGCACUACAAAGGACCAGAGCUGCUCGUCGGCUACCGCCACUACGACUACUCGCUGGACAUCUGGUGCGUCGGCUGCGUGUUGGCGGGCUUGCUGUUCCGCAACGACCCCUUCUUCGUCGGCACGAACAAUGAAGAUCAGCUGCUGCAGAUCGUUGCCGUCUUUGGCAAGAAGGCGCUGUUCCGCUACCUGGAGAAGUAUCAGUGCCGCAUCUCGCGCGUUGUAGAGACGAACCUGCGCGCGCUGCCCGAUGAGCACGUCGACUGGUGUCGGUUUAUCCGGAAAGGUUCGCUGCAGGAGUCGUGGUGCGACGCGACCGCGCUGGAUCUCUUAGACAAGAUGCUGCAGUUUGACCAUCAAGACCGCAUUCUAGCGCACGAGGCGAUGCAACACCCUUUCUUCGCCCCGGUACGGGAGGUACUGGCGAAGGACCCGCAGGAGCAGUACCCAGUGGUCCGUCACUGA